AUGUAUCUCAGUACCAAGGAUCAAGAUAAGUUGCUGCUGUCGACGACCGGCCUUUUAGCUCAGAGGAGAUUGGCUAGAGGACUCCGACUCAACUUGUCCGAAGCCACGGCCCUGAUAGCUUGUGUUUUACAGGAAUUGAUUCGAGAUGGCCAAUCUUCGGUUUCCCAACUUAUGCAGGUUGGAAAAGAAAUCUUGCGCUUCCGCCAUGUCCAACCGUCUGUGCCUGGCGGGUUGUCCCAAGUCCAAGUCGAGGGAACUUUUCCCGAUGGCACCUUCCUUGUAACCGUUCAUUCGCCAAUUUGCAGUCCGAGUGGCCGGGACCCGCAUCUUUUGCUAGCGCUCUACGGUUCCUUCAUCACUCCUCCUCCCAACUUGUGGUUUGAGCAUGUCCAACCAUCCUUAGAGCAUGAUCUACCAGGAGCGAUUGUGGUAAAAAGCUCGCCUGAUGUCUUGACUUCACAAUCCAUCAGCCUCAACGUCAACCGAUCGCAAAUCAGGAUCGAGGUUACAAAUACCGGCGACCGGCCUAUUGAAGUCGGCUCGCAUUAUCACUUUUCCCUUACGAACCCAGCUUUGAGGUUCGAUUGCAAACUGGCUUUGGGCUAUCGUCUUGAUAUCCCUGCAGGUACUUCGGUCCGCUUCGAGCCUGGUGACCAACAAAUGGUAACGAUGGUCGAGAUCGGUGGAAGUGGUCUAGUGGCCGGCGGAAACGGCCUAGAGGGCCAGAUUUUGCAGAAAGAUGAUACCUUAGCCAUCGCAGCGCUUAUACCAAGUUUGAUAGCAAAGGGCUCCGAGCAUCAACCAGCAAUCAACGUUGAGAGACCUGUGAAAGGAGUCGAGAUGUCGAGAGAAGCGUACGCCAACAUGUUUGGACCAACAACAGGUGACAAAAUUCACCUUGCAGAUACAUCUCUUUGGGUCGAGGUGGAACAUGACCACACCUGUUAUGGCGAGGAGCUCAAAUUUGGCGGUGGCAACUGA